UCAGAGAGAAGACAGUGGAAUCGGGCGCAUUGGCUGGCGAAACGCUCAAAACUCCGAUAUUACUUCCUGUGAUAAUAAAAGUCUGAUUCGAAUUUGAAGUGUUGCGUAGCUUUAUGUAAAAUGGGAGAGUUUAAUUUUGGGAGGUGGAUGCAGUAAUCGGCGAAACCAACGAAGAUUAUAUCGUAGCCUCAAGCAGUUUGAGUGUACUAGCCCUCUGACUUAUUUUACUUGUAAGCUAGUCGGAUAGUGUAUACUCUUUAAAGAUAUAGAGCCAUGGCAGAGAACAUGGAAGAUGCAGACGAGAUGGGUACGAUCGUCGAGGUGUUUGUCUACGAUCUGACCAAAGGCAUGGCUGCGAUGACGUCGCAACUGCUCAUAGGUCGCCACCUGGAUGGUAUAUGGCACACAGCGGUGGUUGCCUACGGUCGAGAAUAUUUCUUCGGUCCACAAGGAAUUCAGAGCGUUAGACCGGGCAGCACAGAACUGCAAGAUCCAGUGAGAGUUGAGAAGGUUGGUCAGACUUAUUUGCCUUACUCGGUGUUCUAUGAGUACAUCAACGGUCUCGGCACUACCAAAUUUGCUCCCGGUACGUACAACCUGUUCACACACAACUGCAACAACUUUAGCGACGAAGUGAGCAGCUUCCUCGUAGGCACUGGCAUACCAAAAUAUAUUCUUGACUUACCAGAAGAGAUAAUACAAACGCCGAUCGGACAAGCCCUGUAUCCAUUAAUAGAAAAUCUAACUAAGAGCGCGACCGCUGGCUUUACGGUUGGGCAGCGUUUCGUCGAGCCGCGAAUACGCAGGGAGGACUCGCCCGAAUACCAAUCGCUCAACAGUGAGAUCGAGCAAGCCCGACUCAAUUCCAUCGCUUUGGAGGAAAAAAGGAACGUGAUCAACGAGAAACUCGCCAAGAAAGAGAGGAAGAAGAAGAAGAAGGAGAAGAAGAGACGCGAGAAGAGUAACCGGGAAAGCGGUAGCGAGAGCAAUUCUACCGGUCCCAGCAACUAUCAAUACGACAUGGCUGACACCGACAGCACAGUAGCUGAAAUAUCAAGCCAGGCAAAUGGCGAGGCAGCAGAGGCAGCCGAAUUGAUGCCCUCGGAACGAGCUUUGCAGAUGGAGGCUGAAGAAAAGCGCCAACUCGAGGAGCUUAAGCGGCAACGCGAUCCACCAAUCGUUUUUAGGGAUCCUAUCGACAUUGUGACUGAGCUUGAGGGUUUCAAGUCGAAACUCGAAGGCAAACUUAACGAUGAAGAACAGUCCAACAUCGAAGAACUGAGACAGUACGUUGUUGAGAAUGAAGGCUCUUGGGCGCUGGGAGACAAUUUCCUCAAUUUUGUUGGAAGAAUAUUUUACGACAAAUCACUUGACAGCGCGAUUCGAGUUCAUUUACUUAACAUUUUGUGCGCCGCCGCAUUGAAGGAUGACGUAAUUUUGCUGCUGCACCAAGAUAGGAGAGAACAUACAAUCAUGAAUUUUGCAUAUGACAUCGAUCGUCACCCGCUUAAGGAGCAAUUACCGCUUGCUCAAUUUAUCGCAAAUCUAUUUGAGAAUCUCAGCGCUUCAGAAUGGUUGAUGUACAUCUCUGAGUGGCCACAUCAAAGUCAAAAUAUCAGCAACAUCCGAGUGACAACGAAGGUUGCUGUUCACUCAUUGCUAUCUGAAUCAGAGGAUCUUCAGAUUCGUGGGGCCGCCAUUAUCCACAACCUCGCCUGCAAGGAGAAAAUGAACAAAAACAAAAAACUCCGGCAGAUGUUACCAAAAGGCAGCCUUUCUAAGGUUUUCGACGAUGUUGCCGUCGAGUUGACAAUGGCAUUGCUUCAAUAUUUCAAUGGUACUCCAGCAGAAGAGCAAUUGUACGCAUGUAUGAAGUCAUUAGCGCGUUUCACGCAGAUUAGCGGCCAGGAAGUACCUCAACUCAUACAGAUGAUCGGACCUGAGCCUUCGAAAUUCCGUGGCUCAUCCCAGAGAAUUGAUGAACUCAUCGAGGAGAUCAACAAGAAACUCCGCGUUCACUAGUCUUCUCUGUUCUAUUUCCUCAUUUUUUAUUUAUAGAGUGAGUCUGCGCGAUAGUUUACUUAACUGGGCUACUAUUGAGAUUUGUGAUCUCCAAUGAUAUUGUUUACAGGUCCAAAAUUACAUCUUUUCAAUGGAAAAGAUACUUUGAAAGAAAAUUUAUUGCAUAAAUUUUAUUGGCCCAGUUAUUACGUUUCGUGUAAUUAAAAUAAUGAACAUCAAUUUCAUAACAGCAAACUUGUGACGUACUCAUUAUUUAAUCGUUAAAAUACAUGGUUAUAUAUGAAAAUAUACGAUCAGAUUAUUGUACAGCAACGGCUUUUAAUUUAUAUUAUUUCACUUAAAAUUUGUCACAAAUUUUCACUUCAUUUUCUCUCAUCACUUUGCUUGCUUUUAUUUUUCAACAUUAUUUAACGAUAUUCACAUGUUUCUAGUUUGCAUUUUACGAAGCGUCAAUGAUAGUAAAUUAUAGAUAAAUUAAUCGCACGUUGGUUAACGUGCUAAUUGCCUGAUUAACUUUUAUAAUUGAAUGCAAGUUUAUAAUAUUUAGAUUUAUCCAAAUACAAUACUUUAGUCGCUAUUUGUCAAUGGAAAAUAAUAGUUAUAAGAAUAUACAACGAGCUUAAUUACUGUGCAAUAAUCACCCUUCAACUACUUAAUGCACCAAUUGUCAAAAUAAAUACAUAGACUGAAGGGGAAAACUCAAUCGUAAAAUAACAUUUUUUGUACUGGUUUUAUGUUGUAUAACUGUCACUAUUGUAUUUUUUUGUUUUUUUUUGUAUGGUAAAAAUUUUACAUGAAUAACAAUUUCUUGGAUUUUAUGAUCAAAGCUUACUUUCUGAAAAGUAUAAUGAAGAUUUAACUUAAAUAUUUACAAUUUGUGUAGUUUACGAUGCACUUAUAUUACAAGUUCAAAUUUGACUUAGAAGAUAUUUAAAUUGUAUAAAGUAUAUUAUAUAUACAUCUUUUAAGAAUAAUUCAUGUGUGUUAGUUUAUCAGCGUUUAAGAUUUUAUGACAGUCUAAUAAUGAAUAUUAAUAAAAAAAUUA